UACUGGUUGCAUUUCUGUUGAGUUGAGUUGUAGGAUUGUUGGAACUCGAGUGUGUGUACAUCUGCCAAGAGAUUAAUGGUGUUUAGAAAAACAAUCUUUUGUUGGUACAGUUCAUAUUGUUAUUUGCAGUAGAGAACAUCAAGAAGAGCCAAUCCUAUUUGCAUUAUCUGGAGAGGAAAGAGCAUGUCAUUUGAUUCUUAGGUCAAAAAACGGUUAAGAAUUUUGACUGCUAACCGCCAAUAUGGCGGAAUCUACACGAACACCAAAUUUUCGGGGAAGGUGUGUUUCUAAUGCUGAAGACAACCAUAGGGAUGCUGUGAAGUACUCCAGUAAUCGUGAGCAGAGCCAGGCUGGCAACAGCCGUUCUCGUAAUACUAGGACAUGUCGUUUCUUUUUACGAGGUAACUGUACACGAUCUGAGUGUCAUUUCAGUCAUGAUGUACCUGCAACAUCAAACAGGCAUAGUCCCAUACGUAAUUCCAAUUCUGCUCGAAGAACAAAUACAAAGAGUAAUACUACCAGUUCUGGCCACAACCAACCUUCAACUUCGAGCCAAUCUUCUUCAUUCGCCUUGCAUGAGCCCUCAAAUGCAAGUGCUGAUGAAGACAAUCCAGGAUCCAUGAAUUCUCUUUCAGAUGAUGGCUCAAGCCCAAGAUUUGAGGAGGCCAGUUGUGUGGCUCAGGAGACCAGCUUUUCUAUAUCUAAUAAAGAUUGGGUGAAUGCACCCGAAUUUGUGCCAUCACAACCAAAACAACCAAAAAGUUACGCUCAGGCAGUUAAUCCAAUGGAUGACACUCCUGAAUUUAUUAAUCUCAGCCAGCAGAGCUUGUGCCCGUACGUUUCUAAAGAAGGUUUUUGCAGAUAUCCACCUGGGGCAUGCAGCAAUUUACAUGGAGACAUGUGUGACAUGUGCGGCAAAGCUGUCAUGCAUCCCUUUAAUGAGGAACAACGUAAGGGCCAUCAUCAGGAGUGUGUAGAGCAGCACGAGAAAGAUAUGGAAUUGUCCUUUGCUUUGGCUCGCUCUAAAGAAAAGUCUUGCGGAGUAUGUUUUGAGGUUAUAAUGGAGAAAGCUGUUGGAGAACAAAGAUUUGGAAUAUUGCCGAAUUGUAAUCAUUGCUUCUGUCUUACUUGCAUCAGAAAAUGGAGACAGGCAAGACAAUUCGAAAACAAAAUAAUCAGGGCAUGUCCGGAGUGCAGAAUCACGUCUGAUUUCGUCUGCCCAAGUAUGUAUUGGGUUGAUACAAAAGAAGAUAAAGAUAAACUGAUCGACGAUUAUAAGAGAGCUUUGGCAAAGAAAGACUGCAAAUACUUUAAAAAGGGUUCUGGAAAAUGCCCCUUUGGAAAUAAAUGCUUCUAUUUGCACGCUUUUCCUGAUGGCACUAAGUGUGAUGUUGGACCACCACCUCGUCAAAGAAGACGUCGUAAUUAUGAUCACAGUGAUUUUGAUGUUUUACAACAUGUCAUCCUGUGGGACUUCCUGGAUGAUAGGGCCAAUCCUUGGCAGAGUCUGGCUGAUGAUCUAGAAGAUCUCGUCUCUUUCUUCUCCGAUUCAGAUGAUUCUGAUUGGUCAGAGUAUGAUUUUUUUUAUGAUUAUCCGUAAAUUGAUCUUCAGAAUUCUUGGGUUGAUGUUAUUUCCUCCUCAAAAAUAUGGGUUUAGACGUAGAAAACUUGUAUAAAAUAUAUGUUGUUCUUUAAUUACAUAUUCUCAUUGUUUCGAUUGUUUGUCAAACCAGUAUUUAUUUCCCAUAUAGCUCUUGGUAUCUAAUUGUCAUAAAAUAUGCUUGAACUUCUUAGUGUCUUUGUUCCCUUGGCUCUUACUAAUCUUUAUUUGGUCAUUUUAAGGUGCUAAGGUCAUUUCAAGAUGUUGAAAUGUUGUAGUUUAUUAUUAUUUAACGCGCUUGUUAGACUUCAAAUUAUCAUACAAAUUGCAAAACAAAAAUAUUGAUGAUUGAAUGCUAAGGGCCAGUGAAUUUUCCCUUUUUUUUGAAAAUCAAUUGAUUCAAUCCUCAUCUAUGCUAGUUUUAAAAGAUUUCUUCAUAUAUCGAAGAGGGGUUUUAAAAUAUUUAUUACAUAUUUUCUUUAUGUUUUUUUUUUUCAUUAUAUUGAAUAAAAUCUAACAAUGUACCUAGUAACUCCCUAUAUUUUUUUUGUAGUCAACUAUAGUUGAUGAUCCAUAAACGCUUGUUUUUAUCAUGCAUAGAUUUGGAAGAUUGAUUGUGAUUGAAACUUGGUAUUCUGUGAUAAACUUAAACUGAGAGAUAAUUUAUUAAAAGUGUUUUCUACAAUACAAUUCGAUUUUUCUCCAUUUUGUGAAAAUAAAAAAAAUAUUUAUUAUGGGUUUCUUGAAAUAUCUACCAAGUUUGUUAUUCCAGUGUAGUUUAAAUAUUUAAAAUUCGGUUACAUUACCAUGAAAAUUUGCUGUGAUCUUGGAGUGAUAGAAAAUUAACUUGUAAAGUGCUGCAAUUUGAAUGAAAUUUAUAUAUGUACUGUGUCAGCAUGAAAUAUCACUGUGCUAAUUUGGUAAAUGUUGAAUAUAUGUUACAUAUAUUUAUAUGUGUCAUUCAAAACUGUUAUAAAUGUUGAGAAAUUUCUGUUUAGAUUCCUAAAGCACAACAUCCUUGAUAUGAAUUUGUUGCUUGCAAACUUUGUCCCAACAGGUCUUAGUGGAAAAUGGUACAUUUGAAAUUGUUUCGAAAUUUUUCCUCCCAAACUAACGGUUGGUUUUAUGAAAUAUGUUGAAAUUAUAAUUUUCCAUCUUGGACCAUGUUAAGUUUUUUUGUGCCAAACACAGCAUUGCAUUGUACUAUUUUAGCUUUUAAACUGAGAAUUGAAUGGAGUUGCAAAAAAGAACAAUUCAAUUAUUAUUAACUGGAAAUAUAGUAGUUGAAGAAACCGAAAUGUCAAUUUUUCCCUUUUUUCUGAAUCUUGCAUGUUAGAAUGUGUUUAAUUGAAUUUGUGUUCGAAAGAACUGCAAAAAAAUUCUUCAUAAGAAUAUUGGAUAUUUAUUGUAAUUUUUAUUUAUUUACUGUAGCUAUUUCAUCACUUCUCUGGGUUUGAAUUUGUUAAUUGCUUAUGCUAAAAUUGAAUUCUUUAGUCUAUAACAUUUAUACAUUAAAUUGCAUUAAUUUCUUAUUCUUCUCAACUGCAAUGAUUUGUUCUUGAUGGAGGAGGUAUUGAUGGAAUUGUCGAAGAGUUCUUAAAAUUUUAGUAUUGAACAUUGAACCUGAAUCUGAAUAUAGAUAUAUAAAUAAUCCAAAAAGGCUGUAGAAAAAAAAUAUUUUUCUGUUUACGUUCAUUAUAAGUCAUUUAAAUUAGUUUAGCAUACGCUUUUUGUACUAUAUGUAUUAUAAAAAUGUGCCUGAUAGGUUUGGGACUGGGGCUUUUGUAACAAUAAUAAUAAACAUACGCAACACUGUACCAUCACACUGUAUGUAUUUUAUUGUGGUUCCAACAAUCCUGUCACCUGAGGCAGCCAACCAGUGCCCUUUGUUAAGUUGAUUUUCUUCUUUUUUACACUGUACUUACACAGUAAACUUGAAUGUUUUCCUCUAUACUUCAUUUCCCUUGUAUGUGUUUUGUUGUUCGUUUUAUGGAAAUAUUCUCAUUAAACGUUUGUCAAUAAA